AUAAAAAAAAUCUUUUUAUGUAUUGUUUAAUUUGCGUUUGCUUUUUUCUAUUUUGUUGAUUAGAUUUCAAAAGUAGGAUCGUGAUGUACAAUUUUCAAUAUAUUUUUUUUUCAUAGAAAAAAAAAGGUUAUUGUUUGAUACUGUGGUAGAGCUUUGGAAAAUAUCUCUGUAAAUAAUUGUUCAAAAAGUCUUGUUCUGCUUAAUGUUGUUCAGGUUUUGCUAGCAACAAGCACUGUAGAACAAAAAGACUAAAUGAUAGAAAAAAAAAAUUAUUGGGAGGACUAGUUUAGUGAAAUUAUGAAAGCAUCAAAACUUCAAUGCCAUCGAUUAUGGAGUAUGCCAUAUUUCUGCUGUGUUUUUGGCUGGUUUUGUUUGAGUUUAGUUGUAUUAUAAUUGCAAUUUUUCUCAUGCUUAAAUACAAGACAAACAUUUGCUCUUUGAGGUGUAGUGGCUAUUAAACUUUCUUAUUAAUGUUGCAGCUGGUUGUUAAUUUUAACAAUGUUUAUAUUUUAUUAAAAUACCUUCUUUCCAUUGGUUUUGCAUGGUCUUUUUCUGAUCUAUCAUAAAUAAUGCUACUUUAGUAGACUAUGGGUGUGCUCUUUUAAGUUAAAUCAGUAACUUAAAGAAUCUAGAAACCCUAAAAUAUUUGAAUGGAUCUACAUGAUCAAGAUAUCCCCUGAAAUGAUCUGUUUUCUUCGUUUCUGUGCAUGACAUAUAUUGAUGAAUGUGAAUGAGGCUUAGGCUAAUACAAAGUUAUUCAAAUGCAUGCAUAAAGUUAUAAAGAAUUGAACUAGCCUAUUGCAGCUCAUUUCUAUGACCUAAAUAUCUUGAAUUUUGAGCAAGAAUAAGACAUUUCAAACCAGGUUAUACUCUAUAGAAGCACAUGUCAGUCUUUCUUUUAAUCCAUUUUGGCAAAGUUUAAAGUAAUCCGGGUCUAGUUUUCAUGAUUGACCUUGGUGAUAAUAAUUAAUCAGUAGUUAUACAAUGAAACUACAGUAAAUGUUCUAUAUGAGCUCAUGUAGUGAAAUAUGAAUUCUUGUCUUUGUAAUUUGUUAUUCCUACAUGUAUCUUUCCUGGCCCUGCUAUGGUGGUAAUGGACUUGAUUAAUUCUAGUAAAUUGCUUCUCUUGCGUUCACAUUCUCAUAAGUGAGAUAUAUAUCUUCUAAAAAAAGAGAGAGAGAGAAAAGAUAGACGAAGAAGCUAAGAAACUAAAUUUAUAUUUUUCUUUUCUUUUCAGAUUUUAGCCAUAGGACAAUGAGUGGACCAUCUCAAGUGACAAGCUAAACUCACAAGGCCUUUUGUACCCAAUGGAAAAAUAUGCAUAUUUAAUUUACUUUUGAUAUGAGUAAUAAUCAGGCGCAUCAUAUAGAAAAUCUUUGAAAUAUGCUAAUAGGAGUAUGCUAUUUUUGUUCUGCACUUCCUUUUAUUUAUUUAUAUAUAUUUUUUUAUAUAGUGUUCUAGAUUUAAUGUUGUAUUUCUCACUGGAGACAUUUAUUUUUCUUGUCUUAAAUGAUGGACUAUAAUAUGUGAACUAUUGGACUUAAGCCUUAAAGCUUGUGAUUAUGGUGCUUGCUUAAGAUUGUAUGUAAAAGAAAUUUUGAUAGGGGGAAAUGAAACAAUCCUAGUUUAAGUGAGAUAUCAAAAUUUUAGUAGAACUUUAAAGACUUUUAGAUGUUAUACGGAUGUUAUAUGGAUAAUUCAAUCAAGUGAAGUUAUAACACUAAGUUUGUCAUAUGUACUAAGAGCUAUGUGGGCCUGAUCAUCCUUCUUAGGAGGUACAUAAGUAGCCUUUGGGUGCGGUCAAAGAUAGGUAAAUUUUUCUGCAGUUGGAAACACAAUUGAGUUUUGAGUUAUUGUUCUUUGGUAAUAUUAUAUUAUUAUUUAAAUGAUGCGACUUACUGGUAUGCUCGUUUAUUUAUUUUCAUGUCUUUUAUAUGCUUAACGUUUGAGUUGAUUGUUUGAUUUAUUAGAAUGACUUUAUCUAUGUUAUAUUUACUUAGAAAUUUUCAAAGGUUACAUAAAUUAUGUACAUAUGAGGAAAUUCUAGCUAAAAGAACGAAUACUCUAUACUAGCGUACCUUAUUACUUUGUCCUAGUAUCUUAAUAUAUAAAUUGAUUUUGUUGAUGCCAUUUUAUUUAUUUAUUUAUUUAUUUGUCAUUUGAGAAAGAAUUUUGUUUAUUGAAAGUACUUGUAGUUAGUCAAUUGUUUCGAGGAAACUCUGAUGGUUUGGUUUCAGGUUACAUAUGUUCUAAAUUUGAAGGACUGUUGUGUCACAUUACCAUCUUCGAACCCAGUUGCAAGACCCUUCUUUUAUCACUUAUCAUGGCUUCUACUUCUUCAACCCGUCCCAGCUAUGAUGUUUUUAUUAGCUAUAGAGGCAAAGAUAUUCGAGAUGGUUUUGUCUCUCAUCUCUUUAAUGCUUUCCAGCAAAAAAAAAAUCAAUACCUUCUUGGAUGAAAACCUUUGUAAAGGAGAAGAGAUCUCACCAGCUCUCUUGGCAGCAAUUGAAGAAUCAUAUGUCUCAGUGGUGAUUUUCUCUGAUAAUUAUGCCGAUUCCUUAUGAUCCGACCGAUGUUCAAGAGCUGACUGGGAAUUUUGGGAAGGCAUUGACUAUUGCUAAGCAUGGAGAAGAACUCAAAGGUUGUUUAGACAGGGUGGAACAAUGGCGCCAUGCUUUGAUGGAAAUAAGCAUUAUAACAGAAUGGGAUUCACGGAAUUUCAAGUCUGAAUUCAAACUAGUUGUGAAAAUAGUUAAUGAUGUUUGGGAGAAAUUAGGUUGCUUCUCUUCAAGUGAUUCUCCCAUUGACAACUUAGUUGGACUUGAGUCACCUGUAAUGAAAGCGGAAUCCUUAUUAAGUAUUGAAUCAACGGAUAAUAAAAGAGUCAUAGGAAUUUGGGGUAUGGGAGGUAUUGGCAAGACAACUAUUGCCAAUGAAGUAUAUAGUUGAAUUAUGACUAAAUUUGAUAGUUACUGUUUUGUUGAUAAUGUCAAAGAGCAGAUGAGAAAACGAACAGCAAUUGCUUUACGAGAUAAAAUCAUUGAGCAAUUGUUAGGAGAAAAAAAUUUACGUAUAAACACACCUCAGUUACCUGCUUUCAUUAAGAGAAGACUUUGUAGUAAAAAGGUUGUCAUUGUUUUUGAUGAUGUGGAUGAUCCAAACCUUUUAAAUCUUUUAGCAGGAGAUUGUGAUUUGUAUCAUAAUGGAAGUAGAAUCAUUGUAACUAGCAGAGAUAGGCAUCUGCUUAGAAGUGUUUGUGAUGAGGAUUAUAUAUACGAGGUUGAAAAAUUAAUUGAUGAUGAAGCUCUUUGUCUCUUUA